ACUCCCACUCGCUCACUUGUCGCUCCCCUGCUAACCCUCGAUCCCCUUUCCCACCACCCGCCGCCAUGGCGUCGCCGCCGCCGUCGCCGCCGCCGCUGGCCUCCAUCCCCAUCCCCGACGAGCUCCUGGAGGAGAUCUUCCUCCGCCUGCCCACCCCGGACGCGGUCGCCCGCGCCUCCGGCGCCUGCACCUCCUUCCGCCGCGUCAUCAAAGGUCGCGCCUUCCGCCGCCAACUCCGCACGCUGCAUCGCCCUCCCCUCCUCGGCUUCAUGGACGCGGCCGGAUUCCACCCCGCCCAGGCGCCGCACCCCUCCGCCCCGCUCGCCCGCGCCCUCGCCUCCUGCACCGCGGAUUUCUCCUUCGUCCCGGCCGUCGUUUCUUCUUCCUCCUACUUGGUCCCGCCGGGCGUCCAAGACGACGACGGGGAAGGCCCCCGCUGGCGCCCCUGCGACGUCCGCGACGGCCGCGUCCUCCUCGUUUGGACCUCCCUCAUGUUGACCAAACGGGAGCGGUUCAAUGCUGCCAAGCUCCACCUCGCCGUCUGUGACCCCCUGUGCAGCAGAUACGUGCUGCUUCCAACAAUACCUCAGGACCUCGCCGCCCAGCCGCAGGAUCUCCUUCGGGAAUUCCAGCCCGUGCUUGCUCCCUGCACCGGCGACGACGGCCAAGAGGAGCCCUUCAAGGUGAUAUGCAUAGCAAGAUACCAAACGAAGCUGGUCCUCUUUGUGUUCCCCUCUACAACUAUGCGAUGGUGUAUGGCGGAGUCUCCUAUUUUCCCUUCUUUGAAACACAUGUCUUGUUUUGACUGCGUGCGUGGCUGCUUCUACUGGACAGAGCCUUAUGGCUGGAGUGACCAUUUGAUGGUGCUGGACACGCGCACUUUGAGGUUUUCGAUUAUCGAUAACCUCACUGGCUACCAUGCGGAGCUCAGUGAUCUUCCUGACCAGAGCUUUGGUUAUCGUCGCGCAAAUGCCCUUGUUAUGGGCCGAGAAGGAGCCCUUGAGAUGUUUUCUCUUGUGUGUCAACACGGGUCAUUUGCCAUCUACCAUACCUCUCUGCAGAAUAAUUCCCAAGAAUGGAAGCUAGAGAAGAUUAUACAGCUGCCUGGGCAGUAUCAUGACUAUAACAUUUCCACGGUGGGUGCAGCCGAGGGAUUCUUGUUCUUCCGAGGCGCUCCAGAAGGUAUUCAUAUUGGGAAUGUGGAUUCUUACUCAAUGGAGGUCAAGACUUAUGAAAUUACCAAAGUCUGUACGGAGAUGGACAAUAUCUACAAUCCCAGACGCGCCCUACCAUUCUUUAGCUUCCCACCGCUGUUAUCGGAACCAACUAUCUGAUCAACUGAUCUGAGCUCGCUUGCUAGUCGUUUUGGUCUUGCUUGGGCGAUCUACACCUGGGGUUGGAUGGCGGAUGUUCAAGAUUGUGCUGAUGUGGUUUGAUAUGUCUGUAUUAGUAUGAAUGUAAGCAGGAUAUGUUGUCAGCAAGUUGAGUUUGACCAACACUGGGGUCUAACACUCCGGUUUAUAUUAUGUACUGAUGUUUGUGUUGGAAGACUUUGAUUUAUGUUCCCCCUUUUAAUCCAUGUCCCUAGUCUAGAUGAACUAGCUUUUAUCUGCAUGAGUGAAUGAGUUCAUCUGUAACCCCUUCCAGUUUUC